AAUCAAAGGAUAGAACGGUUGUGGCGUGAUGUAUUCGCUGUGUUACUCAAACGUUUUAUUCCAUAUUUUACUGGAUGGAAGACAAUGGAUAUCUAGAUCCACUAAAUGAGGAUCAUCUAUUUGCCCUACAUCACGCGUACCUCCCUCGGAUUCGACGUUGCCUGUCUGAAUUUAAAUCGGCUUGGAAUGCUCAUCCUUUACGAACAGAGCACAACUGGACUCCACGGCAGAUCUGGGUAAAUGGGGUAGUGCACCACGAACGUGCACAUCAGACGGCUGUAUCGGACAUACCGAAUGCCGCACAAGAUGACAUUGCCCAAUUUGGAAUCGAUCCAGACGGUCCGAUUACUCGAGAUGAAGAAGAUUCAUCAUCGGUCGUAACCGUACCGCAGAUAGUUCCAUCUAGAGAUGAUUACCAUCGCCUUAUGCUGUCCGUCGAUCCGCUGUCACCUAGCGAUGAAUUUGGAAUUGACUUAUACUUACAAACUACUAACGUACUACUAGACAUAAAUGAAUCAUGAUGCAUACGUGUAUUCCUUCUUGCAUUGUUAAAGCUG